CCAAGAGGAGGAGGAGGAUGGAGUGAGGCUGGGGCUGCUGCUGCCGCCGCCCAUGGCUGGCCAAAAGGGCCGGGCCAGCAGCCAGCCUCCAGCCCCUGGACGCCUCCUGCUGCUUCCCAGCCUCCAGCAGCCCAGGAAGGAGGAGGAGAGGCCAGUCCAGUGCGGACGCCGCCGCCGGGCAUCAUGUCGCGCGAUCGCACCCUCCGGCUCCAGUUCGGGAACAGGAUCGAGGCCGUCUGCCUGGUCGGCACCCGACUCCUCACCGACGUCUACGGAGCGGCCCCAGCCGAAGCGGUCACCUUCUCCGUGAAGCAUUCGGACGAUGUCGAAGUGGAGGUGGUUUCCGGUGACCAAGUGGAGCCUGCUCCGUCCAACGGUGGGAAGCGCUGGCCGCUGGACCCAAAGACCAUCCUGACGAUCCAGAUGACCCGGCCCAGUACUGAGGCCAACGAUAACAAAGUUAUGGUGGGUUAUUACGGCGAAGACGGAAAACACCCCAUAGACCAAGCUGGGAUUUUCCUGACUGGUAUUGCGAUUUCCCUGGACGUUGACGCUGACCGAGACGGAGUGGUGGAGAAGAACAAUCCCAAGAAGGCAUCAUGGACCUGGGGCCCAGAUGGACAUGGUGCCAUUUUGUUGGUGAACUGUGACAAGGAAAACCCGUUUAUCAGUGUGGAAGACUGCCAAGACGACAAAGUAUUCAGCAAGGAAGACCUGGAGGACAUGUCGCGCAUGAUACUGAGGACACAAGGCCCCGAUCGCCUCCCGAGAGGCUACGAAAUGGUUCUCUACAUUCCUAUGUCCGACUCCGACAAAGUCGGGGUCUUUUACCUGCAAAACCCAUUUUUCGGCCAGCGCUACAUCCACAUUCUGGGCCGGAGGAAGCUCUUCCACGUCGUGAAAUACACGGGGGGCUCUGCCGAGCUGGAGUUCUUUGUCGAGGGUCUCCGCUUCCCGGAUGAGAGCUUCAACGGACUCGUCUCCAUCAGCGUCAGCCUCCUGGAGCCUGUGGCGGAGGGCGUUCCACAGACCCCAAUUUUCACAGACCGCGUUGUCUUCCGGAUCGCUCCGUGGAUCAUGACCCCAAACACUUUGGCUCCGGUCAACGUCUUUGUUUGUAGCGUGAAGGACAACUAUCUCUUCCUGAAGGAGGUCAAGAGCCUGGUCAGCAAAGCCAACUGCAAGAUGAGUGUUUGUUCGCGGUACAUGAACCGCGGCGACCGCUGGAUGCAGGAUGAAAUCGAGUUUGGCUACAUUCAGGCCCCGCACAAGGGCUUCCCAGUGGUCCUGGACUCCCCCAGGGAUGGAGGCCUUCAGGAUUUUGCCAUUAAAGAGAUUUUGGGUCCAGAUUUUGGGUACGUGGCCAGAGAGCCCCUCUUCGAAGACGUCACCAGUUUGGAUUCUUUUGGGAACUUGGAGGUCAGCCCUCCGGUGAAGGCCAACGGAAAGGAGUACCCUUUGGGCCGGAUCCUGAUCGGGAGCAGCUUCCCCACAUCCGCCGGACGAAGGAUGACCAAGGUUGUCCGGGAUUUCCUCUAUGCGCAGCAAGUCCAGGCACCGGUGGAGCUCUAUUCGGACUGGCUGACCGUGGGCCACGUGGACGAGUUCGUGACUUUUGUUCCCAUUCCUGGCAAAAAGCAAUUCCGGAUGCUCAUGGCCAGCACCUCCGCCUGCUACAAGCUGUUCAGGGAAAAGCAGAAAGAAGGACACGGGGAAGCCGUCAUGUUCAAAGGGUACACUGGCACAGAUACCAAACGGGUGACCAUCAACAAGGUCCUUUCCAAUGAAGUCAUGGUGCAAGAGAACCAGUAUGUCCAGCGAUGCCUUGACUGGAACCGGGACAUCCUCAAGAAGGAACUGGGCUUAGAAGAGAAGGACAUCAUAGACCUCCCAGCCCUCUUCAAGAUGGACAAGCAAGGAAAGGCCAUGGCCUACUUCCCCAACAUGGUGAACAUGAUAGUGCUGUCCAGGGACCUGGGCAUCCCGAAACCCUUUGGACCGAUCAUCGAGAACGAGUGCUGCAUGGAGCAACAUGUCCGCAGCCUCCUGGAGCCCUUGGGGCUGAUGUGCACCUUUGUCGAUGAUGUUUCCUCCUACCACCAGCAGCUGGGAGAGGUCCACUGUGGCACCAACGUCCAAAGAAAGCCCUUCACCUUCAAAUGGUGGCACGUCAUCCCCUGAAAGGAAGGACCCCCCCCCAAAACGGCAACACUCGGGAGACGGAUUCAGACAGACACGUUUCGGCACCCGGCACGUGUCGCCCCAUUCCGCCCCCCGGUCCGAUGGUCAGGUGGGAUGGGUCUCCUUCUCAGAGGGCCAACAAACUAGGGAAUCCUAUUUGCCAGGGAAAGGUACACAACUCAACAGAUGCUGCGAAAGGGCAAAUAUCCUUUAGCCGAAUCCUCCCAAAACCAUCCUCAUUUCCUUUUCAUUUCGUUUCUCCGUUUGUUCUUGUGCGACUGAUGGGGUUUCGGAGUCUGUUAGCGAGUGUCGCGGCACGCAGAGGGUGAGCUUUCUUGUUUUCUGAUCGUUUUGCGCUUGCGGUGGGUGUGUUGAUCCCUUUCGCAGAGGUCCCUCGCCAAAGCCCUGCCUUACUUCUAUAUGCAUGCAAAACUCCAUUCCAUGGGUGUGUGUGUGUAUUUGUGUGCUAAAAAGCCUUUGGGAUUUAUGGCAGCUGUAAGUUGCGUUAUCAGUUUGGGGCAUUAUACUGAAAAUGGUUUUCAGAAACCUUCGUGUAGGAAGACGCCGUCUUUGGAUUUUGGAAACAAUAGUAAUAAUAAAAUGCGGAGAAGUCACUCUGAA